AUGUCUGAUUCUCCUAGCGCUGAACCAAGCAACCCUAACAGAAAAGAUCCUGUUGCUGACUCUGCGAAUACCCCACAUGCAGGAAGACCUAAAGAAACUGUAUCAGGCUUCUCCUCAGCCAUCGCUCUUGAGGAACGUACCAAAAAAGGUUCCAGGUAUGUUCACAAUGACAUUGCCACUAUGGUGACUGGAAUACUAUCUGGUAAUCAUAAGGUCCUUGGGGUUUCCAUUCCCUUAAACACUAUUGAACCUGAUAGUGUUACCGAUCAAGAAAAUAUUGAGUCUUUAGGAAAGAAUAUCUCUGAUGAUGUUGAGCAAACUGAUGAUCAUAAGGAGUCAAAUGUUGACAAACCCUUAGAUAAUGUGACUGGUGAGGAAGUUCAUGUCACUCAUGAUGUCAGUGAUAACCCUAAUUGUGAGGCUGAAACAGUAUACCUGGAGGAAUUUUCUGAUAAUGAGUUGUUGUCCUCAGUCCUCCCUAGCAUAGCCAAAAGGGUUAGGACUAGGAGAAAAAAGAAAACUGUGGCUCAAAGGUCCCCCAGAAAGAAGAUUGAUGUUCCAACCUCUUCCAAGACAAAGAUGGCAGUCGAGAGUUCCCCCAAGAGGAAAGGUCAUGGUCCAGACAAAUCUUGGAGCAAAGUGGUGCCCAAGAAAAAGAAGACCAAGUGGAAAUAUGUUUAUCAGAAGAGGCUGGCUUUGGAAAGGGAAUUAGCUCAGAAUGUCCUAGACUGUAAGGAUAUUAUGGACCUUAUUCAUGAGGCUGGUUUAAUGAAGACUGUGACUCAAUUCUCAAAGUGCUAUAAGAUGUUGGUGAAGGAAUUUAUUGUUAAUCUGUCUGAAGAAUGUGCUGAUGGAAAGUCUAAGGAAUUCAGGAAAGUGUAUGUGAGAGGCAAAUGUGUAAACUUCUCUCCCUCAGUGAUCAACAAGUAUUUAGGAAGGCCUGAUGUAGCUCAACCUGAGCUAGAGGUGACUGACAACAAAAUCUGUCAAGUCAUCACUGCUAAUUAA